UAGAGUGAUGUCCCUUUGAAUGUCAGUUUUCCCGGAAGUUUAUGUCAGGUGCUCGACCAUGGAACUCCAGAGAGAAGCAUCUGUGAAAUCCGAGAUCGAUGAGCGAUCAAACACACCAGACUCCGUCAUCAUGGACAACAGUCAGCUCAUGGAGGAUCUCGCCAGCGACUACAGCAAAUACAUGAGCUUUGAUCUCACACGCGAGCACGGCAAGUUCAGUGAAAGUAUUGAGGACAUGCUGACAAAACUGGAUGAGUUCUGUGGACUUGUGGACAUGAUUCGGAGUGACACGACGCUGUGUCUCAACAAGACGGUCCCGGACAUCCACGGCAAGUGUACUGAGAUGGAGGUCAUAUUUGAGAAGAUUGACAAACUGGAGGCGUUUGUGGGCGUGGUGAAGCAGAGUGUUGGCAAGAUGGAGGAAUCAGUCAGCAAGGCAGAGGACGACUUCGGAUCUCUCGGUGGCUUCAUGAAGAAAAUAUCGUCCAUCGUCAGUCCGAAGCGAAGUCAAGAUCCAGACCGUCGGUCCAAACAAGCAGGUUUCGUUCAGCCCGAGACAUUCAACACCAGCGACUAUCUGGGUGUGGUCGCAGUGAAGCCUGCCACACCAUCGGUGGAGGCCGCAACAUCGACAGCAGAGGCUGGGAACACAUGAUUAUUGUUGAUCAUAGAGAGACUGAUUUGUGCAGGUCUUCCGACAGGUCUUCCUUACAUUCCUGGGAUGUCAUAGUGUGCAUGUGUGUGCGUGUGUGUGUUCUUGUGUGUUUGUUAAUGCGUUCUUGUGUGCAUUGUUGCAUGUGUGUGCAUGCAUGUACAUAAGUCUACAUGGUAAGGUGUAUGUCUGCUCAGGUGUGUUCAUUGGCGUGCAUGUGUAUCAAAGUCUUUGUGUGUGUGUGUGUGUGUAUAUAUUAGGAUGUGUGCAUGUGUAUUUAUGAUUGCAUAUUAAGGUGUGUUUAUGGGUAUGUAGCUCACAGACAUCUUUUUGUAGUACUCUCGCUGGAAAUGACCAACCCCCAAAUCAAACAGAUUCAUAGGCCCUCUACCCUAUAGAUGUGAACAUGCAUCCAUGACUAUACCUACAGAGUGUCAGUCCUGGAGUGAGAGUGUUGGUGUACUGGAAACUGUCUGUUCUGGAGAAAAGCGAGUCUAACCAAAUCAAAGAUGCAUGUUGUCUUGGAUUAUUAACUUUGUUUAUAUCUUGUGUAUGUGCAUAAAAAAUUUAAUAUUUUGUUUUCAUAAAUUUCAAGAUGUUUGACUGCAGACAGACCACACCCUCGCCUUAAGGCAGUUAAGGGUGCAGGCUUUCAUUGUGUCCUACUGACUAACGUUUUGGGCUCACUGUGAUGGACAAUUGGUUUUACUGGACACUUAAUCUUUACCGAAAACUAACUUGGGCUUCUGUAAGGGGAUAAUAUCAAGGACUUGCUAUUUUGCACUUUCUUCCAACAGUAAGCUGACCAUUACUAAACUGUUGCUCAAAGCAGUGUUAUCCAGCGUUAGAAAGUGCCACUAGUCCUGUUGUCCUUACCAAACUUCCCAAUAGUUAAGGUAUCAAAAGGAAUAGUAGAAAUUUGCCAUUUUUAAGGGUUUUGCUAUAUCAGAGUUCCAGAUUACGUUUUGAGCAAUUGAGCUUUUACUAAAAGGUUUUAUUUUAAUUGGAUUAUUACAUUUUCCAUUGGUUAACCAAUAUUUUUUCUCUCAUCUAUUCAUCACUCUAUUGGGUUUUUCUCAAAAUAAGUAAACAUUUUGAGAUUUAAAAGAAAUAAAAUGUUUAAGAUAUAUAAAACGGUUCUAACUAUAGGCUUGACUCGGAAAGUAAAUUAGCUUGUAAUUGUGUUUCGGAAAUUAGCUCCGUUGUAUGCAUGCUGAAAAAGCUUCAUUGGGUAUUUACGCGAGCUGUUUCUAUAAAUUUGAGGGGCAGUCGGUAGGCUAGUGGUUAAAGCGUUCGCUCAUCACGCCGAAGGCCCGGGUUCGAAUCCCGACAUGGGUACAAUGUGUGAAGCCCAUUUCUGGUGUCCCUUGCCAUGAUAUUGCUGGAAUAUUGCUAAA